CUGGGGCUGUGGGAGGGAAGAGGCGGCGGCGGCGGCGGCUCCCUCCAUGAGCAGGCGGUGGCGGGGCAGGGAGCGCCGGGGGCUGCCGCGGGACUCGGGCAGAACAAGAAGCAGCUGCAGAGAUCAACGCUUUCACGCGAAAGAGAGAGCCUGUUGCUUUCAUUCUGCGGUGCUGCUCCGUGAUACUCACCGGUCUGUGCGCGUCUUUCACUCUUGUGGCAGAGCAUUGGUUGUGGUGGUGCAGCAGUGAUCCCAUCGCAGCCGGGACCCCGGGGAAGGGACAGCAUGCGGCCGGAGGAUGUCUGAGGCUGGCUGGGGCAGUGUUCAUACUACUCAGCUUUCUCUGAGCGUUGCCAGAGGAAUGAUUGCUGCGUGGGGUGCCUUCUUUUGCUUUUACCUGGUGGUGACUGUCAGCAGCCUCCCAGAAGCCAGGCUGCCCAUCUCCGACCUAGAAGACAGGAUCACUCGAAAACCAACAGAAUAUCUCGGGAGCGAGACUGCCUUUCUGGAGGAAUUGGUGUUUGGAAGUGGAGAUACCAUUGAACUUUCCUGUAACACCCAGGGCUCUUCCAUGUCAGUUUUCUGGUUCAAAGAUGGCAUUGGGAUUGCACCUACCAACAGAACACAUAUUGGACAAAAACUGUUAAAGAUAAUUAAUGUGUCAUAUGAGGACUCUGGGCUGUACAGUUGCAAGCCACGACAUUCCAGUGAGGUUCUGGGUAACUUUACAGUCAGAGUAACAGAUUCUCCAUCAUCAGGUGAUGAUGAAGAUGAUGAUGAUGAGUCUGAAGAUACAGGUGCUCCUUAUUGGACCCGUUCAGAAAGGAUGGAGAAGAAGCUGCUAGCUGUGCCAGCAGCAAAUACUGUUCGCUUCCGUUGCCCUGCAGCAGGCAACCCCACCCCAUCUAUAUACUGGCUGAAAAAUGGCAAAGAAUUCAAGGGAGAACACCGAAUUGGGGGCAUCAAAUUACGGCAUCAGCAGUGGAGCCUAGUGAUGGAGAGCGUGGUUCCGUCAGACCGAGGGAACUACACGUGCGUUGUAGAGAACAAAUAUGGCAGCAUUAGGCACACUUACCAGCUAGAUGUAUUAGAAAGGUCACCCCACCGGCCUAUCCUCCAGGCAGGACUGCCUGCCAACCAGACAGUGGUGGUAGGGAGUGAUGUCGAAUUCCACUGCAAGGUGUACAGUGAUGCCCAGCCUCACAUCCAGUGGCUGAAACACGUGGAAGUCAACGGCAGUAAAUAUGGAUCCAAUGGAACUCCCUAUGUCACGGUGCUAAAGUCUUGGAUCAGUAAAAACGCUGAAGCCGAUGCUAACCUAAAUCUGUUCAAUGUGACAGAACAAGAUGAAGGAGAAUAUCUGUGUAGAGCCAACAAUUUCGUAGGCAUAGCCGAAAAACCAUUUUGGCUCCACAUUCGCAAACCAAAACCAGAGCUAGUGGAGAUGGAUGAUUCUGGCUCUGUUUAUGCUGGCAUCCUCAGCUAUGGGACUGGCUUCGUUCUCUUCAUCCUGGUGGUUGUCGUCGUGAUUAUCUGUAGGAUGAAAAUGCCCAACAAAAAAGCCAUGAACACCCCCACUGUACAGAAAGUCUCCAAAUUUCCUCUCAAGAGACAGGUAACAGUGUCAUUGGAGUCAAACUCUUCCAUGAAUUCCAAUACCCCGCUGGUCAGAAUCACCCGCCUUUCAUCCAGCGAUGGACCAAUGCUAGCGAAUGUCUCGGAGCUUGAACUGCCUGCUGAUCCCAAGUGGGAAUUAACGAGAUCUCGCCUGACUCUGGGGAAACCUCUGGGUGAAGGUUGUUUUGGUCAAGUGGUGAUGGCAGAAGCGAUUGGGAUCGAUAAGGACAAACCAAACAAGGCCAUCACUGUAGCUGUCAAGAUGUUAAAAGAUGACGCUACUGAUAAGGAUCUUUCUGACCUGGUGUCCGAAAUGGAAAUGAUGAAAAUGAUUGGGAAACACAAAAAUAUCAUUAACCUCCUAGGCGCCUGCACACAAGAUGGUCCACUUUACGUUCUGGUAGAAUAUGCGUCAAAAGGGAACUUGCGGGAAUAUCUCAGGGCUCGUCGGCCACCCGGCAUGGACUAUUCAUUUGACACCUGCAAGCUGCCAGAAGAACAGUUAACAUUUAAAGAUUUAGUCUCGUGCGCCUACCAGGUGGCCCGUGGCAUGGAGUAUUUGGCAUCUCAGAAAUGUAUUCAUCGAGACUUGGCAGCCAGGAACGUGUUAGUCACUGAAGACAAUGUGAUGAAAAUAGCUGAUUUUGGCCUAGCCAGAGAUGUUCACAACAUUGACUAUUACAAGAAAACAACCAAUGGUCGGCUGCCUGUGAAAUGGAUGGCUCCAGAAGCAUUGUUUGACCGGGUCUACACUCACCAGAGCGAUGUCUGGUCUUUUGGAGUGCUGCUUUGGGAGAUCUUUACUUUGGGUGGGUCUCCCUAUCCGGGAAUUCCAGUCGAGGAACUCUUCAAACUCUUAAAAGAAGGCCAUCGGAUGGACAAGCCAGCAAACUGCACUCAUGACCUGUACAUGAUCAUGAGGGAGUGCUGGCAUGCAGUCCCAUCGCAACGGCCAACCUUUAAGCAGCUAGUGGAAGACCUGGAUAGGGUCCUUACUGUAACAUCAACUGAUGAGUACCUUGACCUCUCCGUGCCAUUUGAGCAGUAUUCCCCCGCCUGCCAGGACACACACAGCACCUGCUCUUCGGGAGACGAUUCCGUGUUUGCCCACGACCUUCUGCCAGAUGAGCCAUGUCUUCCCAAACACCAACAGUGCAAUGGUGUCAUCAGGACAUGACUCCAAAAACACAGAUGGACCAUGGAAAAAAAUCUCAUGAAUGUAGGCUUGCGGGAGGCCGAGGAAAAACCGUAGUGAAGGAUCUUUGAAUGAAACUGCUUGGUAAUUCAAGAAGUUUUUUGUUGUUGAGCCGUAGAAGGGUUGUGGGGGUUUGGGGUUAUUUUUUUCCCCAUUUUGCUGUAUAAGAAGUCAAAAAGCACUGUUUGGCCUAAAGGAACUAAUCUCUUGCCAAGAUGAUUAUUAUAUAUAAAAAUUUUUUUUUCCAAAAAAAAAAAUUGUUAAAUCUAGGGGUGCUGAUCUCUGGACCUCCGGUAAUGUAUUAUAGAGUGCCAGAGUUGCCAUUCUGUGCCUGCAAUACAAAGAAGAGGAAAAAAAAAAUCUUUCUUUUUCUGGGGAAAAGUGUAAAGAAUCUAGAAAUUCUUUGCUUAUGCAAUCUGUACAUGAACCUUUUUGGUGAAGCUGAAAAGCCACAUUGCCUGCAGGGAUUAAUAUAUUUAUAUAAAUAGCUCUAUUUUUGUUGGUUGGGUUUUUUUAUAGUCGCUUGAUCAUUGCCCAGCUACUUAGAAUUCCCCUCCCCCACUCCCCAAAUUCCUUUAUUUUGACAUAGUCAAAAUCUCAAAGGAGUUGAUGGUUUGGUAGCAAACAGCAGUUUGACUGUAAUAGAUCAUAACCCACUCUUGCACUAGGGUUGCGGGUGACUGGUGUAUAUACAGAAGAGUCAGAACAUUCCAAAUGGAAGGGUAAAUGCAUGAAGAUCAUUGUAACAUGUUCAUUUUUGGGUUCAUAGGGAGGAAAGCAUCAAAGUGGCGGGUAUAAAGGUACCACAUGUCUCCAGGGAAUUGUUAAAUAAUUAAAUCACAAGCAGAAUUAGGGGGCUUUAUGUGAAUGCAGUAUUUUGCCAGUGUGCUGCAUGCUGCAGGAUCAGGCUCUAAGAAUGUAAAAUUCACGCUUUUCAGAUGGAGAUUUGAGUUUUUGGGUUUUACCUGUAAUGCCCAAGAGAAGCCACUGUUUCAGUACUUCUCCCCUUUAAAGCCAGCAAGUUGUCUCCAUUCCAUCCGCAGUGACUUGGAGAGAGAAAUUACGGGUACCUGUAGGCAAGAGCCUUUAACUUGUAUCAAAAAGGUUUAUUCCAGAGAAUUGUGUACAUAUCUAUAAAUAUAUACUGUGUGUGUGUGUAAGUGUGUGUGUAUGUAUAUGUGUGUGUGUGUGUGUAUGUGUAUAUACGUGUGUAUAUAUAUAUAUAUGUAUAUAUAUAUAUAUAUAUAUAUAUAUAUAUAUAUAUAUAUAUAUAUAUAUACGUAAAGUAAAGCAGUACUGAGAGGGAAAUCUCUCAAAAUAAGAGCAUUGCAAUCUAGGAUAUACUGAUGUGGGCAAAAGAUUUUGUUUUUAUAUCGUCACAGUUUUGUUUUAAAAAUUGUAUCUUAACAUGUAUAUUUGUAAAUUUAUUUAUAGACAUUAACAUCUGUUCAUUGGUUGAAAUAGCAUAACAUUACUGUAAACUUUAAAAUGUAUUGCGUUUAAGUUCUUUAACUUAUUAAAUA